AUGUUGGACACUUUCGAAAUCCUCACCACUUCCGGGGUGGUGUUGUGGUCCAAGACAUAUUCUCCCAUCAGUCCAGCCAUCAUCAAUAGUCUCAUCACGAACGUCUUCAUCGAGGAACGAACAUUACCUGGAGCUGGUGUCGCAGACGAUAUAUCUGCCGCCAACAACCCUCCAUAUAAAUACGACCAGCAUACUUUGAAAUGGACGACGGUCAAAGAGCUUAAUAUUAUAUUCGUCGCUGUAUAUCGAUCGCUUCUCCACCUCUCUUGGAUUGAUAAACUGGUUGAUAACAUUAAGACCAUAUUCGUUGACCUAUACGGCGAUCAAUUGAGGAAGCCACAUACGACAGUCGUCGAAUGCCACUUUGACGAUUAUUUCGAUCAACAAGUACGAGAGCUAGAAAAGACGGCGCUCAAUCAAGAUACGAGGACAGCAGAGUCCACCGCGUUUAUCGAACAAGCUCCCAUCUCGAUAUCCGGAGAUUUAGGCGACGAACCCCCUCCGUUACCUGGUUUGCUGUCCCGAGGCCAAUCGAAGAACAAUUAUCGAGACUUAACGUCGAACGACUCAACGCCUAUCGCUACUCCCGACACAUCGCGCCCAAGCACACCUGGGGGCCAUCUGCUGACAGGAAAAUCUGGGCCUGGAGGUAAAGGUUCGAGAAGGGCACGGAAAGCUGCCAACACACCUACAUACCAAUCGUCGGGGGAUGAGACUUCGGCGAAGAAGACUAGGGCUGCCAGGUCCGCAGCACCGAAAAAGGGGAGGAAAUGGGACGCCGAUGGGUUGGCUGAUGAGGAUAGCGACACUCCGCUUGAUUAUUCCGCGCCUGCAAAUGGCGCAAACUCAACAGAUGGCAUAAGCAGCGAUCGCCCAGGCGCUGUGGAGGAGGUAGACCAAGCGACUUGGGGUUCAAAGACUGGAAAAGGCCAGUUCGUAUUAAAAGAUUUAGAUGACCAAGUUCACUCAAUCCUGGCAUCGGCAGAUGUGAAGAAGGAGAGUUCAGCAGAAUCGUCGAAAGGACUGGUCGGUUCGGGUUUCAGCGCCAUCGGGGGACUUUUCAGGAACGUUGUUGGGGGCAAGACUUUGACCAAGGCAGACCUCGAUAAAGCCAUGAAGGGUAUGGAGGAUCAUCUUCUACGAAAGAAUGUUGCCCGCGAAGCCGCCAUUCGCUUGUGCGAAGGUGUUGAGAGAGAACUUAUUGGUGUGAAGACAGGAAACUUUGAAAGUGUGCAAGCAAAGAUUCAAACAGCUAUGGAGUCUUCGUUGCGUAAGAUAUUGACGCCUACAUCGUCAUUGGAUCUUCUACGGGAAAUUGACGCUGUUGCCUCCCCAUCUGCUCUAUCUAUGCAAAAACGGCGGCCAUAUGUGAUAUCCAUAGUCGGUGUUAAUGGAGUGGGGAAAUCCACGAAUCUGUCUAAGAUAUGCUUCUUUCUUUUACAAAAUAAGUACAAAGUGUUGGUUGUAGCAUGCGACACUUUCAGAUCAGGUGCCGUCGAACAAUUAGCUGUCCACGUACGCAACUUGAAAGAGUUGAGCGCUCGAGAAGGAGGUGAAGUGGAACUUUAUCAGAAAGGAUAUGGAAAGGAUGCAGCCAACGUUGCUAAGGAUUCCGUGGCUUUCGCAGCUUCAGAAGGUUUCGAUGUUGUUUUAAUCGACACAGCAGGGCGCCGACACAAUGACACUCGACUUAUGUCCUCUUUGGAGAAGUUCGCCAAGUUUGCAAACCCAGACAAAAUUCUUAUGGUCGGAGAAGCACUUGUGGGAACCGAUUCGGUCGCCCAGGCACGAAACUUCAACACCUCUUUUGGUGCUGGACGCUCACUUGAUGGUUUCAUAAUCUCCAAGUGUGACACCGUUGGAGAUAUGGUAGGCACACUGUUCUCCCAUAAACUCCAUAAGAAUACAGCGCUGGUUCUUAUAGACAUACAAAAUGACUUCAUAUCCGGCUCUCUGAACAAUUCACGCGCUCCGGCAAUUCUCCCUAACGUGUACUCCCUGCUUGACACUCAAGAAUGGCCAUUGAUCAUCGCGUCGCAGGACUGGCACCCCGAAGGCCAUGUCUCUUUCGCUUCUGCUCACCCGGGCGUUGCUCAAUUCGAAACUGUGCAAAAUCCUUUUGCGGACUCUUCAAAUUUCGUCGAGACGCAAACGGUCUAUCCAGACCAUUGUGUGCCAGAAACAUGGGGAAGCCAGCUCGAGGACGGGAUUAAGAGCAGAUUGCACAAUUUGGAAGGGUACAGAACUAGUGUGCAGUAUAUCAAGAAAGCUCAGAAUCAUAGUAUUGACAGUUAUUCUGCUUUCGGUGAUAACCAAUACCGCCGUUUUACGACCUUGGAUUCAGAGUUACGGAUACAUAGCAUAGACAAACUGAUCAUAACCGGCCUCGUCACAUCCGCCUGCGUUCGCGGGACAGCAAUUGACGGCACCAAACUCGGCUACAAUGUCACGAUCAUCUCGGAUGCCACAGAAGGAACUUCUCAGGAAUCUAAAGAUGCGGCAUUGAAAGAAUUAUCCCAGGUUUGGGGUGUGUAUGUCAUGAAUAUGACCGAGUGGCAGGCUGAGAACCCAGUGCCGAAAGGACCCUCCGGUUGGUGA